GUGCAUAAAAACGGCGUGAGACGGAGCGCAGCGGUCCUGCGCGGAGGGAUCUGGAGCACGGACUACACCCAAGGCGCUGUCUCGAUUCACAUCGGCUUUUUCUUCCUUCCCUGCCCCCCCUCCAAAAGGCAGAUCUCUCGGCAGCACGCAGCUAAAGCGCUUUUUUGGCGAGGCGAGGAUCGAAUCCGGGCAAACAUGUCUUGGCAAAGCUACGUGGAUAACCUGCAGGCCGACGGCUGCUGCCAGGAAGCCGCCAUUGUCGGUUACACGGACGCCGCCAAAUACGUUUGGGCAGCAUCAGAAGGGGGCUGUUUCAGCGGAAUCACGGCCGAUGAAAUCGAUGUCCUAGUCGGCAAGGACCGCGAGGCCUUCUUCACCAACGGGCUGACCCUAGGGAAAAAGAAGUGCUCUGUGAUCAGAGACAGCCUGACACUUGAUGGGGACUGGACCAUGGACAUCAGGACGAAGAGUCAAGGCGGAGAGCCGACAUACAAUGUUUCUGUAGGCAGAGCUGCCAAAGUAUUGGUUAUCGUCAUGGGAACUGAAGGUACCCACGGAGGACUGCUCAACAAGAAAGCAUUUACCAUGAGUGAAUACCUGAGGAGAGCUGGAUAUUGAAGCAGCCCCUUCUUUUCUUCUUCCAUCCAUCCAUCCACACAGCAGCUGACUGAAACAUCCCUUUAUCCAUCCCCCCUCCUUUUCUCCUCAGCACUACAGAUACUUAGUGGAUGUAUCAUUCGUCUAUCCAUUUUUUUUCUUUUUAAACAUACAACCUUUCUUCCUCCUUAUUAGCAGAACCUUUCCCGUUCCCCUGUUCCCAGUCACAUCCUUAUAGUGCCACAAAACAAGCAUGUUCAUUUUAUGAAGGCGUAAAAAAAACAAAAAACAACUAAACUCUACAGUACUGUACAUAUAAAAAGCAUUGAAGAAGAACAAUUGGGCGUUUCAAAUUCGCAUAAACGAAUAGUCACUGUCCAGUUUUCCUGAGGCACUUAUCUAGUGGGCCAUCGAUGCCUCUCGAGUGCUUUCGAGCCUUGCUGAGCUGUCGGUCUUCCCUAGCGAUUAUAUUAUAUAUAGGUUUUUUUUCCAGCAUGGCCAGGAGGGUUUAAAAUGAAACGAAACAAAAAAAAAAGUGCAUGCAUAUCUUUUAGCGUAAUAUCAUCAAAUACCUAACUACCAUACACACACUACUCUACACUACAGUUCCAGUGUCCUUCCCCAAAAAAUAUUAAUAGUAACAUUAAUAAAUGGAACCACACUACAUAGUUCUUGCCCUUAUACUUGUAAUUCAUUUUAUUAAAAAAAAGUAACAUCCAAUGCUUUUGCUGUUGUAUUUGGAUGUGGUGUGUAAGUCCUAGAUGAUGUAAUGUUGGAUAUUUUUCCGCCCCCUUUUCCCCCCCUUUCCCCCUCCCCUCUCUUUUGGAUAUGAUGACAGAUUUACACAAGGUUUAAAAAAAUAAAAAUAAAAAAAAAAUUAGAAAUUCGCUUCUGGACUCUUAAGGACAUUCCACCGCUAACAUUAGCCACUUAGCAACUUAUUUAUCCGCUAGAGAUUUGAUUAUUUUUUUUUCCCCUUUUUAAAGCACUGCCCUUCUGAUAAACUCUGUAACUCUGGUUUGGUGUCCAUUCAUAUAUUAUUGUUAGAGCUAUAUAUUAUAUAUUACUUUUCUCCAUUAGGACCAAUUUCUUUUUGUCUGCAUUUUGGAGGAUUAACAAUUUAAUGAAGGAUUGACUGCUAGCUUCAUCUGUUUUGUACAACGCUAAAUUUGAACAUUUUAAGUGCACAAGUUUAUAAAACACUAAAUCUCCUUGGCUAUUCACUAGUAAUGGUGUGAGGCAGAUGGAAGGAAUUACAAAGACCUAAUGGUAACUACCUGAUUGUUUUUGUUUUGUUUUUCCUCUCUCUCCUUUAUCACAAUGAAUGUCUUGAAUAGAUGAAAUGGCAGUCUUAUAUAUAUAUUUUUUAAACUUUACCCCUCUGUUUUUUUUUUUGUCUGUCAAUCUUGUCAAGUUUUCAAAAGUCAUUUGUGCUUUAUUCGCCUGCAAUGUAUCAAGUUGUCAUAGCACGGUACAAAUAUUUCAUUAAAAAUAGGCAAAAAAAAAUACAAACACUGAAGUAACUGUGUACACUAAAUUUUGAGUUAUGGUGGUAUUAGUUGACGAAACAGACCACUAGUCAGUUGUAUUGUUAACUUUAAUCAAAAAAGGAAAAAAAAAAACAAAGCAGUGUAUCCUGUGCCAUAACCGUAGAUCUGAUCUGUUGCUACUGUGAGAUGGAUAAAAAACAAAACAAAAAAAAACAAACAUAAACCUUUGCCUUGUAAUGAGUUGAUUCUCAGAUGGCACCUUUCUUUGGGAUAUCUGACAUUUGGAAAAAAAAGAUUUCAAACUCUCCAGGGCUUGUGGAAUAUGUACAGAUUAAAGUGAAACAUGUCAACAAA